GUUGCCUACUGUUGCUGUCUUACCCCUGCGGUGGUCGGAACUGCGUGCUGAACACGCCUUCGCCACAUCUCGUUUCUGACCACGACCUUCUAAUACUUCGACUCAUACUUCUAGACUUGUAACUCUAAUGUCGUUUCUUUUCUAAUUCUUCUACUACCCAUUUCAUACUAGUCUGACUGUCCGAGUCAUCAAUACCAUAUCCACUUACCAUGUCCAAUGACAUACAGAAGGCCGACCAGAUAGCACACAGAUUCUACACAAAGCUUUGCUUGGUCGUCUUAAAUGCUAGGGCCACUUCUGAGUCAAGGUCUCAAUCAAGAGUUGACAAAUGGUUUAACCUUGAAACACCAGACUCUGACCUCUUUAAGGACCAUCUUCGUACAUACAAGGCAGUAUCUACUGCACAUGCGCUACCACCAUUGGAACUCCAAGUGUUGCUCUCCGUCCCAGAACUCACCACUAAUCAAGUUUUGGUCCACCUUGCGCAUGACUCGUCUCGUUUGCGCGUCGACCCGACUCCCAGGCACAUCGUACUCGAGAAUUGGUUGCUCAAUUUUACUCCUAGCUUAACAGAAGCUCGCAGUGACAGUGACGCUGACAGUGUGGCACCAUCUACCAUAUACAAGCACGGGAUACCCCUCUUUCGCAGUAUCUACAGUUUACUUCGUAUCCUUCCCUCUUGGAAGCUUUACAAGAAACUUAGGAGGCGCACAAGCAACGCAUAUCGGAACGGCAAUCUAAGUAUCCACCUUCGUGUCAAGGGCCUCGACGACGGCGUUAACGUGACUGACAUCCUCGAUUUCGACACGCCUCCUGCACCCAAUGCAGCCCCUUUACAACAUCAAACUCAUCUCUUCCCUGCUAUUCCACACCCUAUGGGAACACUCUCCUUGUCCAUCAACUACCUCUCUUCUCCCAACUUUCAGCUCGACGAACUUGAGUCUCUCCUCUCUUCCCGUUUCCUCUCUCUCGAUGAAGGACCGGAGUUCACCCCGACCCUGGCCAAGAACCAGCAGCGUGAUUCCUUAACGGGCCUUCCCGGAAGCCUACCAUUGCGCACAUCUCUUCCAAAGUCACCGCCAUCAUCGAUCGCAGAUCGUUUCGUCCUUCCCCCCGCAAACUCUCACUCGCGUACGAACUCCAUGCCUAGCCCGCGUCUGGGUGCUCUCCCCAUGAGUCGUACCUCCACCGGCGCUGGGAUGGCCACAGGAUCAACCUCUGCCCUCUCGAUCGCGUCUUCACGCCAAGACUCAAGUGCCGCUUGGUCCAAGGAAGAAACGGGUCCUUUUGCUGGCGUGUCUGCUGCUGCACGCGUCAGGAGAGAGAGUAUGGCAGGGAGGAGUAGUAAUGCCGACCUUCCCUCUGCCCCAGGGCCGCUUCCGAUCCGAAGACCGGGGAUCAACCCGGUUCAUCCUUUCAAGGCAUCUACAUUGUCGUCCGGCUCUCCAUCCCUCCACUCACCUUCGCCUUCUCUGCGUCAACCAUCGCCACUUGCCGCAGGCAAUCCAUCGCUGCCUUCUCGGCCGGUGCCAACGUCACCGAACUCGUCUCGUGUUCCCCCCUCCCCGAUUGGAAUGGGAAGUAGGCAUUCACCCAAUAGUAUCGGAGGACGGUCAGAAGGCGAGGACACAUCUCCGAAGAUUCCAACCAGGAAACGUUAUUCUAGCAGUUUUGGACAUCGCUACGCUACAGCUGGAGGUGGGGGGAGUGUUGGAAGUGCAGGAAGUGGGGAACGAGCGGAGAGUGCCUCCUUCCUUGGUGCACCUACUGAUGACGAUGAGAUAUCCAUCUUUGUCCAGGAUAUCGAUGCACGGAAGCCACUCAACACACAACGCCGACCUCCAUCUGCGUCUACCCAGGGCCCAUCCAACGCACCUUCACAUGCCAAGUCCGACUCCGUGGGUUCCGCGGGUCCGAUGUUGACACGGGAAGCAGAAGUCGAGGAACGUUUACGCCACAUGAAUGAGGCGUUUUUUGCGAGCUUAGAGGGGCUCGGUGGGGGCAGGAGAAGGGGUAGUAUGGGUGGGGAUUCAGCAGGUGGCAGUCCUAGGUCAAGUCUGAGUGGACAAGGUGAAGGAGAGACCAGGGGCAUGCGACGUGUGGAGGAUGCGACCCGGCGGGAAACGUCAAGACCGAGACUUGGCUCCUUACGCAGCAUGAGCGCCAACGAUGUAGCUUCGAGUGGCGGGUCCGCAGAAGUGAUGGGGAGGUUGGAGCUUGAUGAGGAGCCACAGGCGCGAAGACAAGACUUCCGCUGAUGCAUGUAUGUGAUCUAUUAGUCAUGCGACUAACUUGGUGGUUAGUGGUUGGAAUGAGGGCCCGGGGUGGGCCUCGUAUUUUCUGUGAACCGCGGAGCUACUGGGCAGAGGAUCUGCUGAUUUCCAUGGCAAGAUCCUCAUUGUUAUAUUAUUUUCACGCAUUUUAUCGCCAUUUACUUCAUUAGCUAUCGUCAUGCAUACCCGAACUCUCGUCUUUAUCAUAUGCAUAAUAAGUUGUAUACGCAAGGUUGACUGGACUCAAAUGCCAAAUCAUAUGUAUUCAGAUGCUAUUCAGAAUCACGUACAUUUGUUCCGGCAGCAGUAACUUUCGAUUGCCA